CCGGAAGUUACCCAUGCGACUUGGAGGCGCACCGGCUCCAUAGCAGAAACAUCGCAUUAUGGCCUCGCUCUGAGCCUACUGAUGCGACAGUUGUGUACAUACCUAACCGGCAAUCCGUCACCAUCGACGCCUUGAUCAUGGACCUCCGGUCCAGAGGCUUUUUUCGGGGCCAUCGGAGUUGUCAAUAGUACUCUUUAAGUACUAUAUUAUUUGAUUUUGAGCACUGUCACUUUUGCACGCCCGGGGAUUUAAACCGAAGUGACAGUAGUAGCACUCACCCCCAUCUGCCGGUCAGCUAGCUAGCUCGCUAAGUCAAUAGCCAAGAAGGGCAUCACUUUUCUUUUGGAGUAAAGGACAAGGAAACUGCAACACCACUACUUUUAUUAACAGAAGACUGAUCAGAGGCCGAUUCCCCGAGUUACCAUCUAACAACAUAUUCACUAUUGAUUCCUGAAAGGCUGGCAACAAACGGCCACCCUAAUGCAGAACCAUAAAAGAACGUGAAAUGAACAAACCACCACAGCCUAUAACGGGACCCACUUCUGUCCCAAAUCCUGCCCCAUCCCCUGGAUUGACACAGGCUGCCUACGGUCCUGGACAGCCCCCUUCUCUUGUUUUUGCCACCCCUCCACCUCCACAAAUGAACUCUGCACCUCAGCCAAGACAGAGUUACUAUCAAAACCGACCAGCCAUGGCCACCAGUGCUCCAAGGGUACAGACAAGUAGUGGCCCACGACCUGUCGGACCCACUCAAGUCUACCCGCACGGCUCACAGAUGAUGAUGAUUUCCCAGCAGCAGCUGUCUUUUGCUGGCUCCCCUCAGGGCUACUUUAUCCCCCCUGGACAGUACCGGGCCCCAUAUAUGCCUCCUACUCAGCAGUAUCCUGUGACCAGCGGUACAGCAGGCUUCUAUCCGGGAACUAGCCCUGCUGAAUACCCUGCUUAUGCAGGAGCAUACUAUCCAGCUCAACCGCAGUACUCUCAGUCUGUCCAGCCGGCACCGGUCAUGAUCAACCCCGCCCAGCAACAGCAACAAGCCCCGCCUCCUCAGCAACCACCCGCACAGUCACAAGGGCCACCAAAGAGGGAACGCAAACCGAUAAGGAUACGAGACCCCAACCAGGGCGGGCGUGAUAUCACCGAGGAGAUCAUGUCAGGUGGAAGGUCCACCACCACACCAACUCCUCCACAGGCCUCCACAGCAGAUGGAAGUCCUGCACAGACCAAUGGUGAAGUCCCACAGCCUGCCACUACAGUGACGAGAAGAGAUGAAAACACUGAGCCCUCUGCUAGCGCUGAAACCCCACCACCUCUUGCCACAGCAAAUACAGAGCCUGUGGUGGAGGUGAAACAGGAAACGGACAACCAGAUGACACCGCCUGCUGAGUUAGCCGUACAAUCUGUAGCCCCUACAGCCGCUGCAGAGGUGCCACCCCCAUUGAUAAAGGACCUGCAGUCUCCCCCUUCCCUCCCUGCAGCAGCAGCAUUUACUACUACAGUUCCUCCUGAGGCAGAAAAUAAAGUUGAUACUAAAGUUGGUGACACCGUAGACGCUCCUGUCGGCCCUUCUGCAUCAUUAGCGGCACAAGAGGCGCCUGUCAAAAUGGAAGAACCACAGGCUGCCCCACCUCCAGCUGAGAAGGUACCAGAAAAGGAAGAAAAGAAAGCAGAGGACUUGCAGAAAUUGGAAAAUAAGGAGGAGGUGGCUAAAUUUGAGCCUCCAGUUGAGGUUCCUGUGACAGUUACCCCUGUUGACGAGGCAAAAGAAGAAACGGCUACAACGACAGAAACUAAAGUCUCUACGCCUCCACCCUCUGCACAGGAACCUUCUGCUCCACAAACCCAGAACGCCACCCAGAGCCCCGCCCCUGAACCUGAACCCACACCGGCUGAAGCAGCAGAGCCUCUUCUCUCCAACGGCCUUCCUCAGGACACUGAGGAACUGUCUGAGGAUGUGGCAUUUUCAGACACUACACCCCUUGACAAGCCUGAUGCUUCUCAAUCUCAGGAAUCCACACCUGUGGCUAAAACGGCAAUGCCUGCCCAGGAGGAGGAGGAGGAGGAGGUGGAGGUGAAAGGGGAAGAAAGGAAGGAGAAAAGUGAGGAUGCCCCUCCUGCCUCCGUUAGCUGCCCUACAGAGGAAUCUACUAUGCAAGCUGCAACGUCUGUGCCAAAGAAGAGGAAGAACAUGAAGGAGUUCAACAAGAAAGAGGCAAUUGGAGACCUCCUGGAUGCCUUCACAGAGGAGCAAGAAGCCAAGCCUGCUCCUGAACCCUCGUCCACUCAGGCCGACCCUGUCCCUGUUGCUCCACCUGAACCUCCAGCUGAGGUUGUAGAUGAGACCUGGGAGGAGAAAGAAGACAAGCAAAAUGCAGAUCCUAAAGUCACAUCUGAGCCAACUGAGCAGAAAUACCAGUACAAAGAAGAAAAAUGGAAGCCGAUAGACCCAGAAGACAAGAAGCGGUACGACAGGGAGUUCCUCCUGGGCUUCCAGUUUAUCAGCGCCAGUAUGCACAAACCUGAUGGCCUGCCUACCAUCAGUGAUGUGGUCCUGGACAAGGCAAACAAGACUCCAAUGCGGCCUGCUGACCCAGCUCGAAUGAUAAAUGUGGGUCCUGAUUUUACGCCUUCGUAUUUGGGUAACCUUGGGAGCAGAUCGGUGGGAGGACCAAGAGGCCCGCCACCUGGGCCACGUCGCUCCCAGCAGGGUCAGAGGAAAGAGCCCAGGAAAAUAAUCAGCAGCAUGUCCCUCGGUGACGACGUGCAACUCAACAAGGCUGAGAAGGCCUGGAAGCCCACAGUAAAGAAGUCCACUCGAACCCGCGCCGCGGAGGAAGUCGAAGAUGACGAUCCCGAACAGGCCAAGACUCAAGAGCUGUUCAAGCGUCUGCGCAGUAUCCUCAACAAGCUGACCCCUCAGAAGUUCCAGGAGCUGAUGAAACAAGUGACAGAGCUGACGAUAGACACAGAAGAGAGGCUGAAGGGAACCAUUGACCUCAUCUUUGAGAAGGCCAUCUCAGAGCCCAACUUCUCUGUGGCCUAUGCCAACAUGUGCCGCUGCCUUUUGGGGUUGAAAGUCCCCAUCCCCGACAAGCCAGGACUCUUUGUGAACUUCCGCAAACUGCUGCUCAACCGCUGCCAGAAAGAGUUUGAGAAGGACCAGGAUGAUGAUGAAAUCUUUGAGAAAAAGCAAAAAGAAAUAGAGGCUGCCAAAGAAGGAGAGGAGUGUGAGCGCUUGAAGGUGGAGCUGCAGGACUUCAAAGACAAGGCUCGCCGCCGUUCAAUGGGUAACAUAAAGUUCAUUGGCGAGCUCUUCAAGCUGAAGAUGCUGACAGAGGCCAUCAUGCACGACUGCGUAGUGAAACUACUGAAGAAUCAUGAUGAAGAGUCUCUGGAGUGUCUCUGCAGGCUGUUCUCCACAAUUGGCAAAGACCUGGACUUUGAGAAGGCCAAGCCUCGUAUGGAUCAGUAUUUCAACCAGAUGGACAAGAUCAUCAAAGAGAGAAAGACCUCAUCCAGAAUCCGCUUCAUGCUGCAAGACGUCUUGGACCUCAGAAAGAGUGGGUGGGUGCCUCGUAGAGGAGACCAGGGACCUAAAACAAUUGACCAGAUCCACAAGGAGGCAGAGAUGGAGGAGCACAGGGAACAGAUCAAAGUUCAGCAGCAGCUCCAGUCCAAGAAAGAGGGCGGAGGAGAAAGAGGAGGCGGCAGGAUGGGAGGGAACAUGGGGGGCCGUGGCUCUCACACACCAGGAGGUGGCCGGACUAGCCAGCCUCAGGAUGAGGGAUGGAACACGGUGCCCAUUUCCAAGAACAGACCCAUCGACACCACUCGCCUUAGCAAGAUCACAAAGCCUGGUUCUCUGGACUUCAACAAUCAACUGUUGGCUCCAGGGGGAAAAGGCAUGUGGGGUAGCUGGGGCAAAGGCAGCAGUGGAGGAACUGGAGCCAAACCAGCAAGCGGAGAGACGGAUUCUGGUCGUCCAGCUACCAGCACCCUCAACCGCUUCUCAGCCCUGCAACAGUCUGGUUCGUUGUUGUCUUCAACUGACGCUGAUCGCAGAGCUCCUCAGAGGUCAAGCUCAAGCCGCGAGCGUGGUGGCGACAGAGACAGGGGUGAUCGCGACAGGGAUCGGUUUGACCGAUUCGAUCGCAGCGAGGGUCGGGAGGGUCGUGACGACAGGAGCACCCGGAACCAAAUCACCAAGAGAAGCUUCAGCAGAGAGUCUCAGGAGCGCGGCGGGAGGACCGGAGACCUCCGGGCCUCGACUGAGCCGGUGCGCCGCGUGGCCAGCAUGACCGACAAUAGGGACAGAGGAAGCAGGGACCGAGGAAGUCGGGAUAGAGGAAGCAGGGACCGAGGAAGCAGAGACAGAGGAAGUCAGGACAGGGCCCCAAGCAAAGAUCUCCCAGUUAAGCGUGAGAGCACCCCCACUCCUCCUCCUUCUCUCCCAAAACCUGCUUUGAGUGAAGAGGAGUUGGAGAAGAAGUCGAACGCCAUUAUAGAAGAAUACCUCCACAUUAAUGACUUGAAGGAGGCGUUGCAGUGUGUGACGGAACUCAACAGUGCCUCACUGCUCUAUGUGUUUGUGCGGAACGGCGUGGAGUCGACGCUUGAGCGCAGCACCAUUGCUAGAGCACACAUGGGCCUGUUGCUGCACCAACUUGUAAAGGCAGAUUUAUUGCCCACAGCGCAGUACUACAAAGGGCUAGAAGAGACCCUGGAGGCUGCGGAAGACACAGCCAUAGAUAUACCUCACAUCUGGCUCUACCUGGCUGAACUCAUUACCCCCAUGCUCCAUGAGGGAGGCAUCCCUAUGGGACAGCUCUUCAGGGAGAUCUCAAAGCCUCUCGUGCCUCUGGGGCAGGCUGGCGUGCUUCUGGUACAGAUCCUCAAGUUGCUCUGCAAAGAAAUGACCCCUAAGAAGGUUGGGGCCAUGUGGACUGAGGGUGGGCUCAAUUGGAGUGAUUUCUUGCCCGAGGAUGAAGACGUCAACAAGUUUGUCACCGAUCAGAAAGUGGAGUUCACCACAGGAGAGGAGAUGGAGUCAAAGGGCGUGGAUGAGAAGAAGGUCCUCAGUGGAGAGGAGCUUAGCAAACAGCUGGACCGACUCCUCCAGGACAAGGCCAACAACCAGCGCAUCAGAGACUGGGUGGAGGCUAACUUGGACGAGCAGCAAACUGCUUCCAACCAGUUUGUACGAGCGUUGAUGACAUCAGUGUGUCAGUCUGCAAUCAUAUGCGACAACCCGUACAGGGUGGACGCACGGCAGAUCGGUCAGAGGGCCAGUCUGCUGCAGAGAUACCUGUCUGAUGAGCAGAAGGAGCUGCAGGCCCUCUACGCCCUCCAGGCUCUGAUGGUGCACAUGGAGCAGCCAGCGAACCUGCUGCGCAUGUUCUUCGACGCCUUGUACGAUGAGGACGUUAUUAAAGAGGAUGCCUUCUACAAAUGGGAAACCAGCAAAGACCCUGCGGAGCAAACAGGCAAAGGUGUGGCCUUGAAAUCAGUCACCGCUUUCUUCACCUGGCUCCGCGAGGCCGAGGAGGAAUCUGACAAGGAAUAAAAGACUGAACUGAAAGCUGCCGCCCCCCUCUGGCAGGGUGGGGGCUUUGCAGAGAGUCACAGACAAUAUUGCCAGAGAGGCAGACUCGAAUCAAUCCUCAAUGAGGAUAAACCUUUAUUUUUUUUUAUUUUUUUUCUUUUCUUUGAGGGAUGGACUCAGAAAACAAUCAUUUCUCUCUACCCUUCCUCUCUCGCUUCCUCAUUAUUUCCCCCACCUGCUUGUCACAGCAAGUGUCCUCAUCAAAUAAACUUGAAAACUGAUUCAGCAGGAUUGCUUGUUAACGAGGUGUGAAGUAUCCCACAUGACUACGAAACUCUUUCUCACAAUAAUGCAAACCAACAGGCUGCUUUUUUUAUGGUUCUAGAUAAUUGUAAUGCCUAACAUCCUAUCUGAUCUGCAAGAUGAACCGCGAGGCGUGUGUGGUGUAGUGGGUUCCCUAAAACGUGGGUAUCGUCAUGCCAUAUUGUGUGUUCAGUCCAAACUCGGCUCUGUCUUUGUCCCUUACUGGCGUGUGCAGCAUGACUGAAGUGUGUUUCUAUUAAUGAUACAGUGGACGAAACUUGGAUAGACAAAUGUACAUGAACUAAUCUUAAUUUGAUGAAUGGAGUUUUUAAUGCAAAGGUUGUGUAUUUUCUCUUCCUGUUUCCCAUGAUGAACUUAGAGGACAGAAACAUGGACUGUUGUUGACCUUUGACUACUAGGGGGUGGUCUUAAUGCUUCCUCUAAGCCAUCCUCUCCCAUCCCCAGUAGUAAACCACACUGACUCUUCAUCUUUACCUCUUCUAUACCUAAACCUGAGCUGUCGUAGAGGACACUUAAUAACCCAAUCACCGUUAAAACUUGAAAUCUACAGAAAAAUUGACUUGAUGAAAAUAUAUACAGUUAAAACAACACAGAAAUGAUCCGAAAGCCUUUUCUACUGUAAGUGGAAACUUAUUUCAGGAGCAUUCUGUAAAUAUAUAAUUAAAAACAAACAAAAUGUUUUUCAGUUUAUUUUUCAGAAACGAGAAAUUGCUGAUGUAAUUGCAGUGUAUCCAACAGAAACAGCAGUUGUCCAGAUGCAGAGAGGUGCUUUAGAUAAUCCAUUGAUUAUUAGUUGUAUUGGAAUUUUGUAAAUAUUUUUUUUUUGCUUUCUUUAUUUAAGAAAUUAUUGCUUCUUUUGCAUCGGAAACUAGACAGAUGAGGUCACGGAACAUUGCAAAUAAAGGACUUAUUAAGUUGCUGA